CCUGUGAGUACUACGCGCCACUUUAAUACAAGCCAUGUCACCUACUCUUGAAAACAAGGGGCAACACCCCUGUGACUAUCUUCGGAGCGUAAAAGUCAUCAGCCAGCAGGAGUGGCAAAGACUAAACGAUCAACUAAACCGUGAAGCAAUAGAGCAAAAAAAAUUAGAAGAUCAACAUUUAGCAAAUGAGAAGCUCAAACAACAGUCGCAAGAAAUGGUGAAAAAUUGGACAAACACAUUCUUGGGUGCACGACAGAAAAAAUUGGACGAGAGAGCCAAACGGUUAGCGGAUGAGGAGAAGGCCAAAGUAGCUAUAGACAUUGAAGAGGCAAAGUUUCAAGCAGAACAGAGAAAGGCAGCGAUAGAAGAGGCCAAAUUAAAACUCUACUAUCAGACGGAUAGAGUGAAAAGGUUCCACUCCGCAUUGACUUUGGCAGAGACUUUAAAAGAACGCGAUGUGCAAUUGGAAUUUAAGGAAUUGUGUAAAGCGCGAAAUGCGGAAAAAGAAAGAGUUUAUGUUGAGCAAAUAAAGAAAGAAAUGGAAGCGGCUGCUUUGAAAGAACAACAGGAUGCCGCAGAUAGGAAAGCGAAGAACUUCGCGGUCGCUUCGGAAGUUGUCAGACAGAUAAAGGAACGGGAAGAAAAUCAGAAGAAGGAGCAUGAAGAAAUGCUGCUUGAGGGAGAGCAGCUGAAGCGACUCCUCAUCCAAGAUCAGCAGGAGAGAGAGCGCCUGAUGCAAACUGACAAGCAACAGGCAGCCGAAUUGCGCAAGUUCUAUCUGGAACAGAUAGAAGACAACGAACAAAUACGGACGAUAGAGAGACUGAAAGAAGAGGAGGAAGAUGAGAAACGUCGUAUAUUCGCCGCUGCCAAAAAGAAAAUGAUGACUCUUCGAAUGCUCAAGGAAAGAGAACUUUUCGAAGCUCGAGAAGCCGAAAUGGAGAGGAUUCGUAACUCUUUGUCCGAACAAAUGAAACAGAAAAAAGACGACGAAGAGGAGCGCAUUGCGCGAGUGAUCGCACAAAGAGAGGAAGCGGAGCGACUUAAGGAAAGUGAGAAAGCCAAAGCAACAGCCAAGAUAAUCGCAGAGAUAGAAGCACAACGACUGGAGACCAUACAACGGCACAGACGAGAGCAGGAGGAAGCCAAACUGGCAGAAUUAGAGGAGGUUCGUGCUCGAAACGCAGCGAAUCGCAUGGUUGCAGAACGCGAGGCAGCUUGUGCUGCUCAGAGAAACGAGCGGAUCAGGGAAAUGAGCAGAGAUCACUUGGAAAAUGCGCGGAGACGCCGCGAGGAAAUGAAGGCAGAACGCGAGCGAGAAAUCGGGUUGGUCGAUGGCGGAAACAAACUUGCGAUGCGUGAAGAAAAGUUGUUCCAAGAUUACGCCAAAAGAGUAAUCGAACACUGCAAAGAAGGCGGACGUAACGUGUUCCCACUGCAAAUGGCGGCCAAACCAAAGGGUUCAUUCGGUUUGGCUAGUGCGUUACCGGGGGAGAAAAGUCUUCUGGAAUUCGGUGAUCCGGAGGGAAGGAACAAGAGAAUGGCAGCAAUGUGACUCCAGACAACAGUGGACGGUUGCCGGCCAUCGGAGAAAACAUGUCGUCGACGGAUAGUACAAAAGAACACCUGGGUUUCGUUUGGUGAUUACGAAAUAAACAACAAGCAUUUAGAAAUGUGGCAUUCCCGAUCAACAGCCACAUUGCAGAGUAUAACAGUUCUAACACGCUAGAGGUUAGAGAACCUGCAUAGGGAAACUUGAUCGAAUUUUAUCGAUGAGAAGUUAACUCACAGAUUGAAUGAAAAGUGCACACACACAGUUAGCCAAUGGUAAAACUUUCACAAUGCCAAAACACAAGCUGGCAAGACAAUACCACUUUUUGAUAUACCUUUGUGUCAUUUGAAAUACUAAUGUCGAUUGAAUGUGGAUCGGUCACAUUCCGCGAUGACUAACACAACAAAUCGAUGUGGCUCGGACACGCUAUCUAAUUAGAGAAAAAUAUAUGAGUUACUCCUACCCA